AUGAGAUUACUGCUCUCCUCAGCCCGGAUCUUCUCGGUUGAUUCUAGACUCUUGGCGUUGAAAAUCUCUGACAUGAUAAGUACUUGCCGCUUGAGAGUGGAGGUCGGGAGGCGAAAACCGCGUCGUGAGUCUUUAGGAACUGUUUGGCCAUAUCAGUGGAUGAGGCGACAAUCACGGGAAAUGUACCGAAUUUUAGAAGCAUUAUUUCGCCGUAUUUUUGGGAUAGGGAGUGCAGGGAUUGGUGGGGGAUAUUGUGGCCGAUCAGGUGGAGGUUGCCGAUCACUGGCCAUGGCUUUGGGCCCGGCGGAAGUUUGGGUUUCGGCCCGCGGCAUGGGUUGUGGAGGACGCUCCAUAAUAAUGGAAAUAGGGAUUUUGAGAUGUGUACUCAGGCCAUACUCCUCUUCCAUGCACAUAUCCUCAAGGCUCGUGCCCUCGAUCAAUCUCAAAUCGAACCCGUGUAGCAAAUUAGCCAACGUCGUUCGGACCAUCUUAAGCCCGAGGUUAUACCCGGGACAUCUCCUCCUCCCCGACCCAAACGGGAAAAGCACAAAAUCGCCACCCAACAAGUCUACCUCUUUGCCUAAAAACCUCUCGGGGGAGAAUUCCUCGGGCGCAGCCCAAGCCUGUGGGUCCCGCCCGAUGCUCCACGUAUCAAGAAAAUCGAGCCACGGCACCCAAUCCCCAAUAUUAUUAUACACCCCGCUAAGGAGAAACCACUCGUUAAGCAAGCCCAGCAGCUCAUCCAAUUCUUCCACACCCUUUUCAUUUGAUGGCUCGUUAAAAUCGUUGAAGACCAUACGGCAUACGAUCAAGAGGCGCAUCAAGUGGCCCCUCAGCACGACGGGCUCUCCCGACAGGGAAAAUAGUCGGGAAAUGAGAUUACUGCUCUCCUCAGCCCGAAUCUUCUCGGUUGAUUCCAGACUCUUGGCGUUGAAAAUCUCCGAAGUGAAGAUUUUGCGGGCCUGCUGCCAUUCCGGGCCGUACGGGGCAAAGCCCACGUCAGAGUAG